AUGAAAGAAUGGAAAAAUGGAGCCGGCGUGCCAAAGGAAAACCCCGUGUCUUCUUGUAACCCUCAUUUAAUCUUUCAUAAUUUUAACACAGAUUUGGGGAAGCGAAUUAUGUGUAUUUUUAAGUACCUAUUUCCGCCAGUCAAAAUUAGGAUGAAUAAAAGGAAGCUUUCUAUCUCGAGAAAAAAGGGACAAGGCGGAAAUUCGAACGAAGAACAAACUGAAGAAUUUCUUGUCACCAACAGUGGGCAGCUCCACACGCUCGAUGCACAGGACGACAAAGAAAACGAUGAAUUGCAAAUAACCUUCAAAAAUAAUGAGUACCUUGAUCUGCAAAAAUUUGAAAACAACAGAGUUAUUACCUUUUUUAAUAAAAAUGACAUCAUUUACUUUCGGCACUACAACUGGGAGACCAGUGAGAAGGGCGAAAUUAUUUUAAAUGAAGUUGGCCCCCGAUUUAGUUUCAUCGUGUACAAAAUAAACAAAGAGACGCUCGAUUCCCUCAAUGAGGAUUAUGAGUAUGUGUACCGCCCCUUUUUAAAUUCGAAGAAGGCUCAGCUUGCGUAG